AUGUCAUCCUCGAGCCACCAGGCGAUGUCUCGCCAUCGCAAUACGUCCAUCAGCUCAGCUGGCAGGUCGUCGAGGAAGGGAAAGGUAGUAGCGGAAGCUAAAGACUUUACCUCGCCCACAUCAUUGAUGAAAUACUUUGAGCCUACCGCGGCCACUGCUUCAAUGCUACUAUAUGGCCAGGGAAACUCGGUAGUUGUUGCGCAUCAUGACAGUCUAACGAUAGAACGGCGAUUCUCGCGCCAUUCAUCGGAAGUGCAGUUACUGGCUGUUGAUACGCAAAGCGAGAUAGGGGCUGGCCGGUUGGUAGUCAGUUACGACGUCGACAUGACUGCUAUUGUAUGGGACUUGAUGACCGGUGAUGAAGUCGCCCGUUUCGCAUCUUAUGAAAAUCUUACAUGCGCAGCUUGGAUGCGCAAUGGAAAUGUCGCCUUUGGCAACUCUCAAGGGAACAUUAUACUAUUCGAGCCUACAACCUCGGAGCACAUUUCCGCAAGGACAAUAGACCAAAUAACUGUGACGGCUAUUGCUCCAGCAGCGGACUGCCGGACAUUUGCUAUCGGGUAUCAGAAUGGGUCUCUACUAGUUGCAACCUUGCAACCUAGGUUUACGAUUCUUCACAAUCUGAGUACAUCUCGUGCUCCUUCUCCGAUUGUCAACCUGUCAUGGCAUGCCUCAUCUGCACGCCAAAAGUCGGAUAUGCUGGCGGUGCAGACCAACGACGGUGAUCUGAGAGUCUGGAGUGUGGCAAAGUCUCACAACAGUGACGAUCCCGCCAAGGUAGUGAGAAUUUUAAAGCGGACUGAUAACUAUCAGAACGGACCCAAUUGGAUGGGAUGGUCAAAGAACGGCCGCAUUAUUCAGUACUCGGAUGGCGAGACUCUGUCAUGGGAUGUUAGGACAAAGCACGUCACUUAUGACAGCAUACCGACACUCGAGCAUGUACGAGGUCUUGCUGUCUAUGGCCCUGGCGCAAGCCUGUUCACCUUGGGCGCCAACAACACGGUGCAGCAGUUUGACCUUAACACUCCUUCGAUGAUGGUGGCCAAUGUGCAGCAUCCAGCCAAUCUUUUGCCACCUUCUCCUCCAGUGUCUAUCGAGGAGCAGUCCGAACAGGGUGUUGUCGUCAUAGCUACCGACUCGGACUCGGUCUCUAUUCCAAUCAACUCCGAAGUGUCCGAGAGCGACGAGGAUCACAUGUCACCAUUGGCUCGCAUCGCAAGGGGGGCGGAUAUCGCCAAUGACUCCUUCGAACAGGACAGGUACAUGUCGGCAAGCCCUGCAUCCACGAGAAGUCGGACAUCGACUAUGUCGAAGUCCUCUGCAGGUUCUAGUACCCGUGGACGACAAGCCCCUUCAGUCCUCUCACGUGGUAUGACCGAGAAUACCUACAUCUCGGCUGGCUCUUCUCAGAUGUCCUCAGCCGCACCGCCUUAUGGGGAUAGAGAUGCUUACUCCAUUAGCAGUGUUAGCUCUGCAUCAAUUACCUCGUCCUCGCGUGCAUCUCGCCAUCGCCCCUCGCGCUUGAGAAACGAGAUGAUGAGUAUCAUCUUUGGUUGGACCAAGGAUAUGCAGGACUUGGUGCGUGAUGAGAUGUCUCGUCACCCUAAUGGUUCUGCUAGUCGCAUCCUCCUCGCCCGGUGGCUCGGUGAUAUCGACUCGGACAUCAUGACAGCUUCUUCGGAAAACAUGACCUCGUCGGACUGGAUGCUACUCGCUCUCAGUGGAAUUGGAGGGCAAGCAUCGCAACACAAACUCGGCCGUGCUUACAUCCAACGUCUCCUGGAGAGUGGUGACCUACACGCAGCGGCUACCAUUAUGAUCGGCAUGGGCGACUACAACGACGCCAUUGAAAUUUACGUUUCCCACAAGCGAUAUAUGGAGGCAUUGAUUCUGCUUUGCCUUUUCUUCCCCAACGUGUGGGAGCGACAAGCCCAGAUCAUCAAGAAAUGGGGCGAAUUCGCUGUUCAGCACGGCCAGCAGCAACUGGCGAUUCGAUGCUUUGCUUGCACAGGCCAGGAGUCCACGGAGCCUUGGACGUCUCCAUCUGCAGCUCAAGUAACUUUCCAAAGCCUGAAUGCCAGCAUUCCGGAAGUCCUCAGCCCACCGCUAUCGCCCCCUGGUGUAACACGCGGCCCGCAACGGAGCAUUGCAAAAACUUCGGCGUUGAAGCUCAUCACAUCCUUUGGAGAUCAAGGCGCCAAGUCAAAGUUCUUUGCUGCCGGUGAUGGUGGCAAGACACCCAUCGCCGCUGGCGUUACUCCAAUCGCCGAGUCUGCCGUUUCCCCCGGCGGCCAUGAUCCUACCACUGCGUUCCUCAAGCCGUCCUCCAGAAGUGCCUUCAACACCCCUGCCUCGGCCCGUGCUACUACGCCGGGUGGGUUCGGACGCCCGAGACUCCCAUCAAUCGGCGAGGCGCGCGCUGAGGUGCCUUCACCACAGGUUCUCGAAUCUCGACCUCGUCGAACACAUCAUUCGCGAAAGUCUUCUUACGAGGAUCAACUCGAGACUGGUCUAGCUCUCGCAAGAGCUGCCACUGCAAGCCCCAUGAUGAUGAGAGAAAAUCACCGGAAGAAGGAGCCUCCGCCUCCAUCCCCUUCUCCCGAGUCCUUUGCAACGCUCAUGUCUACAGGCCGUACUAGUAGAAAUGGUGCCCGUGAUCGUGUGCCGGACGGUAUCGAUAUGAAGCUUCAAUCCAUUGAUGCUGCCGUCACCGGGGAUGUUACCUCUCCUGAACAAUCUGUUGCCUCUUCAACUCGGUUCCAUUGGCCUUCGCGGAGAAGAGGACCGGGUUCCGUCGCAAGCUCUGUCACGUCAAAUUCGAGCGCUGGCCGAAGCUACAGAGCAGCUCAGCCGGGAGGCCGAAGUUUGAAUGACUAUAUUCACAGCUUAGAGGCUGCUCAGCGUCUGCCAAAGAAGCAGCGCAGCCGUGAGAGCAGUCGCCAGCGCCAAGGUGACCGAGCCACACGCAGCCGGGAAAGCAGCAGAAAUCGGAAGGACCACACUCGCGAAAGCUCAAGCGACCGCGGCCGCGGAGUCACCAGACACUACACUCCCAAGCCUGCGAAGCGCUCCCCGACCUCUCCUAUUCCCAUGUCUCCCGAGGACCUCCUGAAUCUGAGUACACCGAGAGUGAACGAGGCGACCGUAAGUAACGAGUCGGUCAUCCCUUUUCACCUUGAUGGCAGUGAGCCUUCAACCGUGCGCAAGUCCAGCCAGAUUAGGGUCUCAAGCAGGGCAUCUAGUCGAGGUCGACGGAGGAGCCCGGAGAGACGGCCACCAGCUCUCGAUCUUCGCGGCAGAAGCAAGAGCCGCGGGGAUGGCUCUGUCACUCGCUCACCAUCGUCUCCCCUGCCCAUGUCGAGUCAAGCCGCCCAAUUCUAUGGCGGUUCCGAUGAUGAGGACGAUUACAGAGCAGCCCUUGAAGCUCAGGAACAGUUCCGAGCCAAGCACAACCGCAGCCGUGGCAUGAAGGAGCCUGCCUCCCCAGCUGUAUCACGAGCUCGCGAGGGUUCUGAGACUCGUCGUAGGCGUACAAAGACUCCCGUGGAAUCUGACGCACAAGUUCCUGUCUUGAGCACGCUUCAGUUUUCAUCUGGCCCUGUGCCACGUGGCGACUUGAAGCAGAUCCUAAACGAGAGACAGCUCAAGAAGGAAGCCGCCGCUCGCGAGCUGGAAGAGCGCCGCAAAUCAUUGGCACGGAGACCUUCUGCUCCUCCCAUCCCUCAUCCUGAUGAGUUGUCACCAAUAAUCUCUCGUCCCCCGACUGCUUUUGAGCUUCCACAAACAACCUUCUCGGCUGCAGAUAUCCCUCAAAGGAGCCAGACAGCGGACUUCACCAGGAGUUCCUCAUAUGCUCGAACUGGGAACAGGCCCGUGAUUGGUCUUCCAGCAACACCCAAGGCGAUGCGCCUCCAGUUCGAGAAUAGUGGCUCAAGCAUGCCUACUGUACCACCAAUCCCUGUGGCCUAUGUCAAGUCUUCGCCGUCUUCAUCUGGCCAGCCGUCACCAGAUAAGCUCCCAAACAGCUCUCCCGAGAAGUCUCCCAAAUCCCCGGAACAGGGGGAGUCACUCUUGACUCUGCUUCCCUCCACGGUGUAUUCUCCGCCAACUCGUCCCAACAUCCCGAGAUGCAUGUCGGCACCGAUCCCCGAGGAGCCGGUCGCACAGGGUGGUCUCCCCUCGCAUCCUUCCCAGCAGUCCAGCCGGCACGGAAGAAGGAGCUCCGCCUCGCGGAAGAUGAGCGUACCCGAUGCCCAGGUUCCCAACAGGGGCAUUGACGAGGUGCUUGGAGGCUCGCGGCACUCACGUCAAAGUUCACGAAGCGACCAGAUCCCUCCUCCUCCGCCACCUCCACCUCCAGUCCUGAGGGAGCUCCAGCACUUGGCCACACCACCUCCGCCACCGCCGGCCCCUUUACCCGGAUCCAGACCGCAAAUGUUUGGUGGCGGUUCGGGAACUAUUGAGAUUGUCAUGGAUGACGACGACCAGGUGGUACCUACUGCGGCGCCCAUCAGCGAGGCUACGGUUCCGAUAAUUGCACCGCCUGCACCACCGCAGCAUGCCCGAAGCAGCAGCCACGCUCGUGGCCGUAGCAUCUCCGACAAGGACAACAGCAUCGCAAGCCGCAUCAGCCGCGCCACCGAGCGUAUGCGCUCUGCCAGCCGAGGCCGCAGCAACUCCAUUCUCGGCAGCCGCACCAAGUCCCCCGAGCAAACGUCGCCGUACGAGAGUGUCCUCCCACCCGUGAGCUACACUGCCCCUCAGGCAGUCUCAUCCCCACAGAUGGUUGAGAGACACCCCCGUGAAGUACGAGCUGCAUACCAAGCACAACAACAGCAGCAGAGUUAUGGCACCGGCCUACUUGAAAACGAGAUGUUCUAG